UACUUCCAACGGGAAUCUUCUGCUGGCGAAUAGAAGGCUUUCAAAGUCAAUAUCAUUGAAUACUUCGAAUAAUUUGAAUAUUACUCGCAUGCUGCCAAGAUAAAAAUGGAGCCGUAUCACCCUAGUUUGUUGUAUCACAUCACUAUCCGCACUCAACUUCCUCCGCCUCCGGCUUCCAUAACCACACUAGUAAGUCUGCAAUGGCGUCCCGAAGCGUCUCCAGCCGGGUCUUUUUGUUGCCACCAUAGCUCUUGGUCCAAUCCACCAGAUCGACGCUGGGGUCUACGUGCUUCACAAGAUACUCUCCUUAAGUCAGCUGCGGAUUUGCAUCGCGAGCUUGGCUGUAAUCGCGCAGGUGCUCGUUUGCAAUACGGCCACAAACGACUGGUUUUUUCCACGAGCGAAUGUUGGCCCUUACCCUCCGCUGGGAGCUGAUCCAGAAGCUGCGUGUAGUUUCGGGCGGGCCGGUAUUUUCGUUCUCCUUGUUGUACGCAGGUACAGUGGACUCCACUAAGAUUUUUGGAAAAUCCGAACAGAAAAGUCGAAGCAGAAAACGAAGUAAUGACGUUGCUGCAUCACCCCACGUCUUCGUUCCUUGCAGGCCUGUUCGCUCUACGGUACCGCAUAUUCUCUUCGAACGAGAUUUGGUGCCUGACCACCCAGAUAUAUGUACGUGGGUACGGCGGCGACGCCUUUGCCGUUUCCAAUCUGUUAUCCUCGCUUCCUUCAGUUUUCAGCCGGACUGAAACGGGCGGAGGCGGGGCAUCCAGCAUGUGAUGAGGUGAGCUUGUCGAGGCAGUCAAGGCUGGAAGCCCCGAUGUGUAGAAUCCGCUGGUCCUCCUAAAUCUGAGUUGAUUCCCUGUCAGACAGGCUCAGAUAUAUGCAUGACCUCACCAACGUCGUGCACGUGUCGGUCGCUGGUUGACCAUCACGACCAUUACCAAAGGAUUGCAAAGCACGCUCGCGUAGUCGAGAGCCCCAGCGAGGCAGUUGGUCCUUUCGGGAAGUCCGUAGGAGCAUACCACCGGGCGUUUCGAAAGGUGUUCAGGGUUUCCGCGUCAACUGGGGAGGGGCCAUGGUGUAUUGAACGAGCGGAGACUUCGUCUACUAAGUUUCAAACCAAAGCUGCUCGAGGUGCCGAGAAGUUUUGGCGAGGUAUGUACGGUUCUUCGACUUCACAGAGGGUUUGAGAAAGAGACUUGGCCAUGCUUCCCCUCAGACCUCCUUAUACUCAGUAGUAGUCUCGGUAAUGACCUCAGUUUGCAAAUACUCCCUGCAAAAACGAAAAUAUAACAGGAGAGGUUGUUCGUUCAUCAUGAGGAGCACAAUUUUCGUAGCAUUUCGCGUUCAUACACGUGACUUUAGAUUUCAGCACUGCUACAACUCAGUUACAAC